GGGUUUAGGAAUUUUCUUAGUUGUACGGUUGGUAGUGCGACACAGUGCCAAAUUUCUGACAGAUAGUCGUUAUUUAGGCAAAACAGUUGCAGUGCUAAACAAAACAAAUUUUUCGAUGUAAAGACUGUGAAAUUGCCAAAAUUAUUUGAAAUUGUGGUCAAUAUUAAUUCUUAAGUUUUGAUACGUAUCGAGUUAAAUAUAAAAAACGUUAGUCUCCAUUGUUCAUUGUUGUUUGUUCUCUAAUAGUGAUUUCUUAAAGACGCCGUUAAGAUGCACAGUUUAAGAGAGCAAAACACCAAAGAUAUGCUCUCCGCUGGAAUAAUUGGGGAGCAUUUUGGUUUAAAAUGGGAUCCAAAGAACUUACAAAUUCGUACAAUGUCCGUUGAAAAAACAUUAGAACCCCUUGUUUUACAAGUUACCACUCUUGUCAACACCAAAGGUCCUAGCAAAAAGAAGAAAGGCAAAUCCAAGCGCGCCAACGCCCUCGUAAGCACAGUCGAAAAAGCCACAGAAAAUUUUAUUCAAAAAGGUGAACAAAUCGCUUAUGAGAACAAAGAUAUAACUCAAGAAAUGCUCUCAGCCGUCGAUGAAGUCCGCAAAACGGGAAACGCAAUGAGCAUUGCUGCCAGAGAAUUUUCAGAAGAUCCUUGUUCUUCAUCUAAACGAGGCAACAUGGUUCGUGCAGCUAGAAAUCUAUUAUCGGCUGUCACGCGUCUUCUCAUCUUAGCCGACAUGGUAGACGUACAUUUACUUUUAAAAUCACUUCACGUCGUCGAAGGAGACAUCGAAAAACUAAAAAACGCAUCUAGCCAAGAUGAGUUAUUGAAAAACAUCAAAGACUUUAGUCGCAGCGCGAACGAUCUCAUGAAUCAAGCUCACAAACGUCAGCAAGAACUGAAAGAUCUCCAAUUACGAGAUGACUUAGCUGCUGCACGUGCCGUACUUAAAAAACAUUCAACCAUGUUGCUUACCGCUUCGAAAGUUUACGUACGUCAUCCCGAGCUAGCCGCUGCAAAAGCUAAUCGGGAUUAUGUACUUAAACAAGUUUGCGAAGCCGUUAAUACUAUCAGUGAUGUUGCUCAAGGUCGUACACCACAACCUACACAACCUACAUAUGAAGGACCUGGUGAAUUAGCCGCUGCAUUGGAUGAGUUUGAUGAACAAAUGGAAAUGGAACCUUUAGCUUACAAUGAGGUACAAACAAGACCAUCCCUUGAGGAGCGUUUAGAAAGUAUAAUAAGUGGUGCAGCUUUGAUGGCGGAUUCGAGUUGUACGAGAGAUGAACGUCGUAAUCGUAUUGUCUCUGAAUGCAAUGCGGUGCGACAAGCUCUACAAGAUUUGCUUUCGGAAUAUAUGGCAAACCAAUUGCAGGUGCCGCGCGGACUGCCUCGGACUGGAAAUAAGGAACAAAGUGAUGGAUUGGCCCGUGCUAUUGAUCAGAUGGGUCGUAAGACCAAAGAUCUUCGUCGGCAGCUACGCAAAGCGGUUGUUGAUCAUGUUUCUGAUAGUUUCUUGGACACCAACGUACCAUUGUUGGUUUUAAUCAAGGCAGCUCAAAAUGGCAACGAAAAAGAAGUGGAGGAGUACGCGGUAGUUUUUCAGGAACACUCAAACAAAUUGGUCGAAGUUGCCAAUUUGGUUUGUAGCAUGUCAAAUAAUGAGGAUGGCGUAAAAAUGGUUCGAUAUGCCGCGGCUCAAAUAGAUAGUCUUUGCCCCGAAGUUAUAAACGCGGCAAGAAUCUUGGCAGCUCGCCCGCGCAGCAAAGUCGCCCAAGAAAAUAUGGAAGCGUUCAAACAAUCUUGGGAAAAUCAAGUACGAAUUUUAACGGAAGCCGUCGACGAUAUUACAACCAUCGAUGACUUUCUGGCGGUGUCCGAAAAUCAUAUUUUGGAAGAUGUUAACAAAUGCGUUCACGCACUUCAAGAAGGUGAUGCGGACACGCUCGAUCGUACAGCUGGAGGCAUACGGGGACGUGCCAAUAGAGUCUGCAGCGUCGUCACGGCUGAAAUGGACAAUUACGAACCUUGCAUUUACACCAAACGGGUUUUGGAAGCCGUCAAGGUUUUAAAUGACCAAGUUAUGCCCAAGUUUGGACAAAGAGUUGCCGUUGCCGUCUCUGCUUUAUCGAGUAAUCCCGCGAAAGAUGUCGAUGAAAAUGACUUUAUUGAUGCGUCCCGGUUGGUGUACGAUGGAGUACGUGAAAUUCGACGUGCUGUUUUAAUGAAUCGCGCUGAUGAAGAUUUGGAUCCAGAAGAUGUUGAAUUAGGUGAAAAUACCCCGUAUGAUAACCGUAGUAAGUCGAGUGCUCACACUGGUGAGCAUGGUGUUGAUGAAUACCCAGAAAUUAGUGGAAUCACAACUGCUAGAGAAGCUAUGGGCAAAAUGCCCGAAGAAGAUAAACAAAAGAUUUUGCAACAAGUUGAGUUCUUCCGUAGCGAAAAGCUCAUAUUUGAUCGUGAAGUUGCUAAAUGGGAUGAUACCGGAAACGAUAUUAUCGUCUUAGCUAAGCAUAUGUGUAUGAUUAUGAUGGAAAUGACUGAUUUUACUAGAGGAAGGGGUCCAUUGAAAACCACAAUGGACGUUAUUAAUGCUGCCAAAAAGAUUUCCGAAUACGGAACUAAACUUGAUAAACUUACUAGACAGAUAGCCGAUCAAUGCCCUGAAAGCUCAACCAAAAAAGAUUUGCUGGCUUACUUACAAAGAAUUCAAUUGUAUUGUCACCAAAUGAACAUCACUUCAAAAGUUAAAGCUGAUGUUCAAAAUAUAAGUGGAGAAUUGAUUGUUUCUGGGGUAAAUCUUGAUAGUGCGACUUCAUUAAUUCAAGCGGCUAAAAAUUUGAUGAACGCUGUUGUUCUCACAGUAAAAGCUUCAUAUGUUGCUUCAACGAAAUAUCCCCGACACGGAACUGUUUCGUACUCCCCAAUUGUUGUUUGGAAAAUGAAGGCACCGGAAAAGAAACCAUUAGUAAGGCCGGAAAAACCGGAAGAAGCUCGCGCUAAAGUACGUAAAGGCGCCCAGAAAAAAGUUCAGAACCCUAUACACGCAUUAUCCGAAUUCCAAAGCCCCACGGAAUCGGUUUAAAUCCGAUUCCAACCCCGCGUAAGUAUAGUGUGAUUGCAAACCAUGUGCUUGCAAAAUAAAAUCCUCCGGGCGAUAACGACGACAUUGUAUUUCAUUAAUUAAGGUACAUAUCUUAGCCAAAUUCAGUAUUGUACCCUCUAAAAAAGCUUCUUCUACGUUACUUCAGUGGGAUGGGAACGCGUUCAAUGCACGGCCAAGAAUUUUUUUUUAGUUACAACUUCAACUUUGUGUCUAAUUCUAAUUCUGUACUUUGUAUUUCAUUCUAACUUUUUAUAUUAUAUUGACAUAUAUAUUAUCUAUAUGAAUAUAUAUUAUUAAUAAAUUAUAUUUAAAUACA